GGUUACCUCUUGGUUUGGAGUGUGAGCUGUUACUGGGAAAAAGCUAAAACUUGGGAGGAACGGAGUUCCCCAGGACUGGGUUGGGAAAGCCUGUAGCAGCUCUCAGAGCUGUUAUCACCUCUUUAGCAGCAGCAGCAGAAGCAGCAGGAGCAGUAUUAGCCCACGUCACUCUGAGCCUGUUCCUCGUCAGCAGAGGCGCAGCACAGUUUGAACUCCCACAUGAGCUGCUGCUGCGCUCCGCUCAGUAAAGCACAGUCAGGACUGCAGCCUAUAGAUCCCCCACAGCCUGAGGGGGUCUUCACCGUCUGUCCUCACCCUCUGUCUUCAUCCACUGUCCCGCUGGGGUCUGAGAAACAUGCUGGGCGCUGUGAAAAUGGAAGGACACGAGACCGGACACCCAGACUGGAGCGCCUAUUACGCAGAGCCAGAGUGCUACACCACGGUUGGAACUAUGAGUGGUGGACUGGGGAUGACCUCAGUGGGCUCCUACAUGGGUGUCCAGGGUCUGAGCUGUGCUGCUAGCUCAAUGAACUCCAUGCCUUACAUGAACACUGGAAUGAGCCAUCCAGUUUCAGGCGGUUCCCCAGGCACCAUGAGCACCAGUUUGAACGCCAGCAUGAGCCCCAUGAGUGGAGGGUCACCAACUCCCAUGAACUCCCUGGCCUCAUACUCCAGCAUGAACGUGGUCAGUCCAGUGUAUGGCCAGGCCAACAGAGCAAGGGACCCCAAAGCUUACCGGAGAAGCUACACACAUGCUAAACCUCCAUACUCAUAUAUAUCUCUGAUCACCAUGGCCAUCCAGCAGUCUUCUUCAAAGAUGCUCACCCUGAACGAGAUCUAUCAGUGGAUCAUGGAUCUAUUUCCAUUUUAUAGACAGAACCAACAGCGCUGGCAGAACUCCAUUCGCCACUCACUGUCCUUUAACGACUGCUUUCUGAAAGUGCCCAGGUCACCAGACAAACCAGGCAAAGGUUCCUUCUGGACACUGCAUCCAGAUUCAGGCAACAUGUUUGAAAAUGGCUGCUACCUAAGGAGGCAGAAGCGAUUUAAGUGUGAAAAGCUAUUGGAAAAAGAGUCUAACAGGAAGGAAGGCGAAGGAGAAAACUCUAAAGGUUCCCCUCAACCCAGCUCACCCACCAAGGACCAGAAAAGGUCAGAGGCCAAAGCCAGGCCGGCUUUGAGCCCAGAACAACCAGAAUCACCUGUUCCUCUGUCACAGCAGCACCAUCAUCACCAACACCAUGUUCCUCACCCUCAGCAUCUUCAUCCUCACCCUCAGCAUCUGUCUCAGCACCACCCACUUCACCAUCAUGAUGCACCACUCAAGCCUGAGCAUCAUUACUCCUUCAACCACCCCUUCUCCAUCACCAACCUCAUGUCUUCGGAGCAGCAGCACCACAGAAUGGAGCUGAAAAGCUACGAGCAGGUCAUGCAGCACUCUGGCUACGGACCGCCACCGUCCAGUUCGCUCUCACUGGGCAGCAUGUCAACCAAAAGCAGCUUGGAGCUCCAUAAUCUUUCCUCUGAACCUUCUUACUACCAAGGUGUGUAUUCCAGGCCCAUCAUGAACUCCUCCUAGCUCUUCUCAUAGACUCUGCUGGACUUUAUGUUCUUGCUGCAGUGUGAUGUACAUUUUGUAAUACCUCCAGUUCCUGUGUUUUAGAUACUGACAUGCUCAGUGCUCUUCAGACUCUUUCCCAAUAUGUUGAAAAACUGGACUGAAGAAGUAGUUUUUUUAUUUUAUGUUUUGUUACAACUGUAAUUUAUGGCAUUUUAAUUGUGAAUAUGAAUGUAGUUGAGAAGUCAUUAUUAAAUUCAGCACUGAAGUGCUUUUUAAAGCA